AUGUCCGGUCACAGCGCAGCUCAAGCGAGUGACGAAGAUCAUCCAUUCAAUCGAUUCAGAUAUGCUUUUCCCCUACGUCGUGAUCAUGAGGAGGAAGAUUUACGUGAAUGGCUAGAAGAACCUGUACCUGUGGCUGCGCAGCCUUGCUUGCUGUGUCAGGAAGGCUUCGAACAUCGAGUGGAUUUGCUGGCUCAUAUCGAUGCAGUUCAUGGUGGUCUACAACGAUAUCGAAACGCAUUUCUCUCUCUGGAAGCCUUGUGCCCUCAUGUUGUGACCGGGCAGGAGGAGUUGCAAGCGUCUGCUGUGGACGUGGGCACGAAGAAAAAGUCGUGCUAUGUUUUGCUGCACAAACGUAGAGUACCUGAUGCAGCUAUUCGUGGAGAUGCAACAGUUCGCGUAUGUCGCGAUUGCUAUGGCUGCUUUAGCGGCAAAAAGCCAACUUUGUGCAAAUUUGCUUUGGCCAACGAUCUUUGGUUGGGUCGCAUUGAUCCAUUGCUGUGGCAAGCUAAUCUGACGCAUGAGAUGUGUUUGGCUUUGGCCAGAACGGUUGCGACCAAAGUGGUUUUGCGUUCUGGGCAGAACCAAAGCCACGGAUCCCAAAGUGCGAAUCAAUGGGAUCAUGUUCUUCAACAAUCAGGAUUGGUUGGUUCAGCUAUAGUUUUUCACAAUGGUGAUGCGACCCAUGCGGUCGAAAGUUUGCCACCGCGCAAGUUCAAUGAUGCAUUGGCAGUGACUUUUUGUACUCAUUUGCCACAAGCACAAGGACAGGAAGAAGGCCAAGCUGCAGUUCGCAGCAUUGCGCAAUUUCAGUUGCAGAAGAGUUUAUUUGUGGAACAAGCCACCAGCUUGCGAGAAACCAAUGCAGUGUAUGCAGCUGGUGUGACUGAGAUCAACAGAGAGUUGCUGACAGAGUGGCUCGAUCAACAAGUUCCGCAGCCCGUUUUGGAUUGCGUUGUGACAGUUCCUGUGGGAGAAGGAGGUCCCGGACAGAUGCGACAAGAGGGCCCGGCUGGUGCAACAGAGCAGCGCACGACGCCCGAUGAGGAGCCGGUGGUUUUUGCCAUGGAGCCUGAAGUGUCUGAUUUCAACGAAGGUCGCAACGAUGUCUGCAGUCGGAUCGUGACUCUUUUGCAAAAAUUGGAAGAAUUAGAGGCAGCAGGUGCGCGAUCAGUUGCUGUUGAGAUGGAGACCUUCGUCGAUGAGCAACAAACGCUUGUAGACCAUGUCGGUCGACAGCGUAUCUUGGAUCUCUGUAAAGAAAUUCAUGAGUCUUGUCAGAAACUGUCGGCAGGAGAUUUGAGGAGGAAACUGGAAGAGGAGCUUCGGGAUGCGGUUAUGAGCAAAUCUCGUUGGUUCUUAUCUUCGUCCUCUUCGGUUUCGAGUGGUGUAGCCACAGGUGGCACUGAGGCUGCGGUUUCUGGAGUCGGUGUGACGACGGAAGGCGCCCUGCCUACUAGCCAAGUUGACUCGAACAAGCCCGGACAUUUGGUCGUUGCUCGGGGAAAGAAGCCAUUGAGUCUUUGGGACUGGAAAAUUUGGACGAUGGCCCGUCCUCGGCUGUGGCGUUAUGGCGAUGCUGGAAACUUGUUUGAGCGAGAGACACCGUUGGCGACCAAUGAGUGGGCUGCUAGUUUGCUUUUGCGAGAAGAACUGGAAUACAGCAUGGAUGAUCAUUACAAGACUCACCGCAGAAAAGUUGGCACAAGCUGCUCGGGUGAGCAAAGAUACCGGUGCUUCUUUCCAGCAGAUCAGAUGUUGAACAAUGCUGGGGUUCCCAGAGAAGUGAAGGAUGCCAUGCAGGCCAUGCAUGGAGCAUCCAGUGCCGUGCUGGGUACAGAUGGUCACCGUCAGUUUUGCCGUCACGAAGGAGUCGCUUAUAUGGAGACUUUCGGCCCACCUUUGAUUUUUCUCACACCGAAUGUCGCCGACACGCAACAUCCGUUGCUUUUGGUCGUGCAGGGUGAGGCAAUUGACCUUGGGCAUAUCAGUGCCGACAUGGCGCCCACGCUGCCAAAAUAUCGGGACAUGCUUCGCCGAUUGGCGCAGGAUCCGGUUGGGCAAGUGCUGCAGUUUGAACUUUUGAUGAGGUUGUUUUUGCAGCAUGUUUUGAAUGUGCGACCAGAGACGUCAGACUGCCGCCGCAACUCGGUCAGGGCUGCGUGCCGCGAGUGGUGCAGCGAUGGCGCAGCGGCCGCGUCCACCGGAGCAGGUGCUGGCGUUUCGUGGACAGCAGAACAAGAAGAGUACCUGGCUUUGGUUUCUGAAGACGACUGGCGACGACCCACAGUAGAAGUUGAAGUGGAAGCAGCAGGCUUGCAGAGCAUUUUCGCCACACCUAUCAACCAGUUGUCGGUGGCAACCACUCCGAGUUAUCGCUUGCGGCCCUUGCUGUGUGAUCCAAGUGUUCCAGAAUUGGACGCGCAUGCUUGGCGGGAAGCCUUUCAGCAAGAUUUGCAUACUUUGAUGCCUUCGCUUCUUCGACAUGUCUGCACAAAAUCUUGCUUCAAAUACUCGGAUCAAAGUUCUGCCACUUUCAAAAUUUGUCGCCAUGGCUUUUACCACGUUGUUCACGUGUUUGAUGGCUGCCGCGUGCGUCGCAAAGGGAAGUCGUUGCGACCUUGUUUACACAUUGGUGGUGCAGAAGAGGGCGCUUAUGGCAUGGAAGGACGGUUGCGACCGAUUCAGUUGAGUCCUUUCGAAUGUCAAAGUUCGUACGGUGGCACAGUGUCAGGGAGGCACAAUUUGGACUUACAGGACAUGCGGCGAGUGGUGAGCCCUGUUUUGUGGUUGGAUUCUGAUGAUCAUCUUCCUCAUGUCGGUGCUGUGACGUCCUUGGGGUAUAUGGCUUUUUAUGAAUGGACUGGGAAGGGCUACGAUGUUCGACGAGAUGCUCCUGCGGGCCCGGUGUCUUGGUUGUGUCGGAGGAAGUUGGCGAAAUCUUUUCGCGCUGGAUGGCGUCGGGCGUACAGGUUGAAAUUUGGAUUUGCAGAAGCGGCAGAGAGCGGGACACCCGCUGAGGCAUCUGAGACGCAGACGGACACACCUAUGACCUGCGAUGUUGCUGAUAGUUUUGCAAACAGCGGUGAUACUUCUUUGGCACAAGCAAUUCGCGUCAGUGUGAAUGAGGCUUUUUGUGAUGGCAUCAACACCGGCUUCUAUGUGAACAAUUACACCACGAAACCAGGUCCGGGUCUAGCAACCAUGUUGGAGGAACUACAAAGAGGCAUCGAACGUCUGGAAGAUGAAACCAAAGAGCGUGAAGAAGCUCGAAAAGCGGCGGAAGCAGCAGCUCAUGCUGCUGGAGAACAUCUGCCAGGACGCCGGAACAAAAUAUUUGCUGAUACGCUGCGGACCUUGACGCGACUGACGUCAUCGUACCGCCGCUGUCACUGGAAGAGUGCUGCUGAAAUUAUUUUUCCGUUGUUAUUCCAGCAUUUGACCUUUGCUUCCCACAGGACUUGGAAACUCUAUGUGAAAAAGGCAGUUUUUUUUGCCGUGGAAGCUUGGCGACGUCAAUACGGCCAUUCCGUCUUGCAGCAUGUUAUUGACAAGGGCGAUGGAGCGGAGCCGGUCAUUUUCAGUCGACCUGGCGUGGACGAUCUGGUGCUAAAAGGCUGGAGAAGAGUUCGUCGAGUGGAUCCGGAGAGUGGCGCUGUGGACGAGAUCUUUGUGGGUCCGAACGGACAGGCUUGCGUGGACAUCAUCGCUGCAUUUGACGAGUAUCAAGGACAGAGUCAGAGCCGCAGGAAUCCGCAACAGCAGCUCAGCUAUGUGCAGGAGCUUCUGAAACUUCAUGCGGUCACGGAGGAGGUGGUUCCGAAUGACACGGAGGCCAGCAUUGUCACGAACCUGCAAUCUCUGCAACCCAGUGGUGAAGAAUGUGCUGUGAGGACAACCAGCAACGUAGAAGCCAAAGCUUUGGCAGUGACGACCUCUAGCUUAGAGGAUUAUCUGUUUCGUGGCAGUCAUCCUUUGCUGGCAGGCAUGAGCUGGGCGACAUAUGGAACGUGGGUGUACCGGAUCGAAUUGCCGCCACAGCAAGAGAUUUCGGUGCGCUCAGCGGUUGCGCGGUUCGUGGACCUGUAUUUUGAUCCGUCCUACAAGUUGUACAACUCCCACGCGCAACGCAUUUGCAGUGAACCUCGGGUGCCGAUGUUUGAAGGUUUCACGAUGCCGCCGCUGACUCAUGACAGCGAGCGAAAUGCUAUGUACAAACAAGUACAAUGUAGGCCUGUGGCUGUUCAGGUUGAUGAGAGUGUGCAGCACACGAUGGAGGAAUUAGUUUUGAAUGCUUUCAAAACUUUUUCGAGUCCACAAGAAACCGGUGACAAAGUGGACCAGUCGCUGCGAGCACACACAGCCUUUACGCAGUCGUAUUUGGAAUGGGCGGUUGUCAUGGAAGAAGAAGCCCAAAUGGCCAGGCAUCGCUUUGCUGAAAGAUUUGAAUUUCCUUCUUUGUGGGAAACACAAGAAAUGAUGGAGCUCUUGGAGGAGAAGCUACAGCUGGUCAGCGGUGGCACCUUGCCGGCGACGCAGAAAGACUUCGAUGUUGGGAAGCCACGAUGCACUGCCUCCAUGUAUUCUUCUUUUCUGGCGCAACAGCGAAUUGCAAAUCUGGAAGGCCUUGCGCGAGCCAGACAGAGCAAACCCAAGCGCAGAAGAGACGAAGAUGCUCGUUUGCAUGAGGAGUAUGUGAAGGUGCACACAGUUGGUGAAGGUGAUGAUGACGGUCUCGGUGUUGAGAAUGAUGAGGAAGUAGAAGCUAUGUUGGAGCAAGCAAUUCCUGCAAAAGAAGUGUCUCCGCCCAUUUCUUUGAAACCCACAGCAGAAGAACAGAAACAGCUUUUGCGAUUUGAGCUGCAAGGUCGUCGGACUGAAUAUGUGAAGAUGUUUUUACAGGAAACGUGGAUGAAAGACGAUCCGUUCGAAGCAGCUUCACUUUGUCGCAACAGUGAACAUCAACGACAUGAACUGCUUUUGGCCGAUUUAUCACGGUUGAAUCAGGAUGAGCGUGCAGAUGUUUAUGGGAAUCUACGAGAGAAUCUCCAGGAAGAGAAGGAAGUGGCGCGCGACAGUGAUGAGCGAGAGACGGUGUGUCGACUGCGAAUCAUGCAAGAACUUUUACCUCGCCUACCUCGAGAUUGCGCUCGCUUCACAGAUCAGAACAUCUAUGCAAAUCCCUCGGACAUGCUGUCGGACAUGGUUGCAAAUCUGCCGUCGAAUCGGCGUCUCAACGAAGACCAACAUAUCUUUAUUUUACGGUUUGCAGACGUUUUGGACACGGUAUGGAAAGAGGACCAGGACCUGCCGCCGGAGCGACGAUCGGUGUACCACAUGUUGUUAUUGGGCCAAGGUGGAUCCGGCAAGACACACAUUGUGCAAAAUUUGAUUUUUCCGGUUGUGCAUUUUAUUUGGCCGGCAAAGAAGGAAGAAGAGACUUUGAUGGUGGUUGCCGCAAAGAAUGCACAGGCCAAGAACAUAUCCACUGAGACUGUGCGUGCGAAGACGUUGCAUAUGGCAGGCUGCAUGCGCGUCCAAAGUUUAAGCAACUCUCAGAUGGCUGCGGGCAAGAAAGAAAAAGCUUUGGAGAGAAUGUGGAAGAACAUUCGUGUGUUGAUUAUUGAGGAAAUCAGCAUGGUUGCCGCAAUCUUAUACAAUAUGCUUGAUUACCGUUCUAUGUUGGGCCGCAGAGUUGCUUUCAAGGUGGAUCCACAGACUUACACCAAAGUUGGCUGUGCUUUCGGUCGCGUGCCCAUCGUCUUGCACUUGGGCGAUUUUUUUCAGUUACGACCCACGGCGCAGAUGUCAUUGCUUGAAGAUAUGGAUGGGCAAGAUGCAGAUGGCAGAUACGUUUACCAAGACGUGCCUUUGGAAGUGCAGCAUGGGCAAAAACUAUUUUCGCAGAUACCAGAUGUCUUUGAGCUGCGCGGCACGAUGCGUUUCCAACCCCAGGAUCCUCUGAUUGAGAUUUUGCAGUGCAUGCGUCUUGGUCACGCCAUGCCGGACAGGCUUUGGGCGCAGUUUGAAGAGCGUGUUGUGCGCGAUGAGUUGCCUGGAGUUGCAGAUGCUCGCUUGUAG